AUGACUCAAUCUAGCUGCUGUGCCAUUUGCCUGGCGCCAGCUGAACAGAAAUGUUCGAACUGUCAGUCUGUACAUUACUGCUCUCGGGACCAUCAAAAACAGCAUUGGAAAUCCCAUAAGAACCAUUGUACUCCAGCCAGGGUGAAAGAAGACUUGAAGUAUGGAAGGUAUUUGGAAGCGACGAGGAAUAUUAAAGCAGGAGAUAUCAUUUUGAAAGAGCCUCCGCUAAUCACUGGGCCUGCACAGGUAACACCUCCCGUCUGCCUCGGCUGCUACAAGUUGUUGGAAGAAGGCAAAACUGUGGCCUGUGAAAAGUGUGGUUGGCCUAUGUGCAGUGUGCAAUGUUCCGAGAAGGAUGUCCACAAUCCAGAAUGCUUUUAUACAAAGAACCGAGGAGAGAAGGUAAAAAUUUCAACCUACGGUACACCACAUCCAAAUUACCAAUGCAUCACGGUCCUUCGCUGUUUAUACCAACGUGACCAUGACCAGAAGCUGUGGUCGAAGCUCCAAGCUUUGCAGUCGCAUUGUGAGGAACGAAAGGGAACAGACAAGUGGAACAACGACAGGAAGAUGAUAAUGGAAUUCAUUUGGAAGUUCUUUAAACUGGAGACGACGUUCAGUGAUAACGAGAUUAUGAAGUGCUGUGGAAUUAUACAGAUAAACGGCCAUGAGGUACCUCUGCUAGAACCAGAGUACGUAGCAGUCUUUGACAGGAUAUCCAUGGUGGAGCACAGUUGUCGAGCCAAUUGCAACAAGAGUUUCACAUCACAAGGAGAUAUUAGUCUCUGUGCGGGCUCCAACAUACCAGCUGGAUCUCACAUAUCAGUUUGCUACACGGACCCGCUUUGGGGUACAGAGGCAAGACGACAUCACCUUGCUGACUCCAAAUUCUUCGAGUGCUCCUGUGAGAGAUGCUCUGAUGUCACUGAGUUCGGAACUAUGUUUAGUGCUGUUAAAUGUAAAAAGAAAAACUGCAAGGGCUACCUCUUACCAGAGACAUUCAUUCUUCCAAUUCUUCAUAAGACCACUUCUCCAGACCCAAAGACUCGAGGUUUGGAUAACAAAUUCUGGAAAUGCCCUGUAUGUGAGGAUGCCGUCUCUGACGCCAUUAUACAACAGUUGCUGCAGGAUAUUGGAAAAGAACUGAGUGCUAUGCCCAAAGGGGACCCAGAUGCUUGUGAAAAGUUUAUCGAACAUUGUAGCAACUACCUUCACCCCUCCCAUUACUACAUGUCAGAUGUGGGUCUUGCGCUUGCGCAGAUGAUUGGCCAACAAGACCAGCUCGGUCUAGCUGCUGUAUCAGAUGAUAGACUUCUUCUGAAGACACAACUGUGCCAGAAAGUCAAUAAUUUACUUGAGACAUUAGCUCCAGCUGAAACUCGUCUCCGGGGAACUUUGUUAUUCGAAUUGCACGCAGCAAUAGCCGAGACUGGAAGAAGAAAAUCUUUAACCGAUGGACCAUUGGUCAUGCUAGGUUAUGUCACCGAGUCCCGUAAGAUCUUAUCGGAAUCAGCGACUCUCCUACGCCAUGAACCACCAGAAUUACCCGAAGGCCAAAUUUCCCGACAAGCAAGGAUCAAUCUGGUGCAAAUGGACGACCUCAUACAGCAACUAUCAAAUUCUUUACCAUUGCAACGACUGACAAUUUCAAUUAUUACGCUGAAAAGUCUUCGUGAGAUGGUCACGUACCUAUGGUUGCUGCUCUGUGUCGCACAAUACGCACGGAGUAACUUCCUCCAGGAGUAUGAAGCAAUCAGCGUCAGCUUGCUGUCCCCUCCGGUAGACAAGACGAGCCUCGCGUUGCCUUACGACCUGGGAAGGGACAAGACAUACGGUUGCCUCUGCCGGGGAACAGCAGAUAGGGAAGUGGUAGUCUGCUUCGGGAACUACGAAUGCAAGAGAUUUCCAAGGAUGAAAAUGCGAAAGUGCAACGUAUUAGUAGUAAGGACAACUGUAAUAAGACAAAUAUCGGUGGGAGAUCUAGACUCCUUUUAUCAUUUGAAAGUACUGAAGAUAGACAGCAACAGUCUGCUGGAUUAUUUGGAGCCGGGUCUCUUCAGGAAUUUGUCAAAUCUCGAACAACUAUCGAUUUCAUAUAACACUCAACUGCACUCAAUCCAGGAACAUACCUUCAUUGGUCUCAUCAACCUCCAUAAUUUGACUUUAGCUAAUAACGGUUUAAAGAACAUAGCUCUUCUAACACCAGCUAUUAAGCCUAUCUAUUUGCCUUCUCUAAAAGUAUUGGACGUAUCUGAAAAUGCCUUUGGAGCUAUACCCGAAGAUGCGUUUGAGCCAAUGAAAGAUUCUAGCAUACGAAGACUUGAUUUAAAUCUAUGCCGGCUAGAUUACGUUCAUCCAAAUAGUUUUGUGAGGUUAAAGAACUUAAAAGAGCUGCUGAUUGGUGAAAACGACCUAAGCGCGUCGGAGAUAGUGAACUUUCUUAUAGGGCUACAAAACAACAAUAUCAAUCUAACAUAUCUAGACUUAUCGAGUACGGGGUUCAGGAAACGACCCCCAAUGAAUCUUUUAAAGGUUAUAGCAAAUUCCACAAUAACUCGCCUCAGUCUAGCUGACAAUCAGUUUGAGGUUCUCGAAGAAGAUGACUUUCCGAGGAUGCCUCGUUUGGAGAUAUUAGAUCUGAGAAGAGUAUUCGUUAUGUCUAUAGGCCCUAACACUUUCAAUCCAGUCAAAUUUCCGAGACUUCGGAUACUGUUACUAAGCGAAAAUAACUUACCAGGCAUUCAUCUUAAGCACAUCUCAAAUCCGCAGGUGUUUUUAAUGGAUCUGUCGUCAAAUAAAGGAACUGUCAAGAGGCCAAUGUACUAUGAAAUUGGUCAAGGUUUAAUAAACUUAAAAAUUCUAAAUAUGGAAAACGGAACGAUUUUCCACAUUGGAAAUGGAUCUUUCAAGCCAAUGAAGCGUUUGGAAAUGUUAAAUUUAGGCAAUAACCCACUCACAGCUAACGAGAAUUUAACUAGCGGUAUGUUUGAAGGACUAAACGAGUUAAAGGUGCUAAUACUCAAAGGCUGUGGAAUCAAACGCUUCUAUGAUGGCGAUAAUAUCUUCGAGAUGAUGCCGAACCUGACACAUUUAAUAAUUUCUCAUAACCAACUGUUUUAUAUCACGCCAGAGACAUUAAAACCUUUAAAGGUGUUGAAAGUUCUAGAUUUAAGUGAAAAUUUAUUUGUGUCAUGGUGGCAACCGUUAUUUCUAGCCGCCGGAGUGAAACCUAUAAAGUUGUAUUUAACUAAUAAUAAGAUAACUCAUUUUACGUUAAGUAUGAUUGAAGAUAUCAACUUUUUAUUGGAGCAAGAGAGAAACGUGAGCGUUGAAAUUGAUUUGGCUGAUAAUCUAUUUGUGUGUGAUUGUAACUCAAUGUACAAAACUUAUAUGUGGUUAGACGCGAAUGGUUCUGUUCUGCUGAAACAGUACUUUGCUAAUACAGAUAUACUCUGCAGUAGCCCCGAUUUGUGGGAAGACAAGAGAGUAUCUGAUUACAUUUCAUCUAUCAAAAACCUUCGUUGCUUGGUGUACCAUAAGUUCUCCACAAUAAUGUUACUGAUUUGGACUGCACCAUCGCUAGUCUCGAUAUCUCUUGUUAUUUUGUUAAUCAUUAUGCUAUAUAAAUAUAGAAUAUACAUUCGAUUUUGGUUGUUUCUAGCAAAAGUUGCGAUAGGUCGUAAGUUUUUAAGGAGAUCGCUGAAAGCACGGAACGAAGAAGAGAAAGGCUACAAAUAUGAUGCCUUCGUUUCAUAUUGUAAUGAUGAUAGGGAGUUUGUCUUCGAAAUGAUUAGUCAAUUAGAAUCUAGGCCGCCUUAUUUAAAGCUAUGUAUUUAUGAGAGAGACUUCGAAAUCGGCGCUUUCAUUUCGGAAGCGAUCUUAGGUAGCAUUAACGAUAGUAGAUAUAUUAUAUUAGUCAUAAGUAAUGCGUUUGCGAAAUCUCAUUGGUGUCGAUGGGAGACACAUUUAGCUGAAUACCACAGAUUAUUUCUAGAAGAUGGCUCGCCGUACGAUCCUUUAGUUCUCAUAAAGAUCGGAGAAGUUGAGAGAAAAUACCUAACGACAACACUCAAGUACCUGCUGAAAACGAAGAUAUAUCAUACGUGGGAUGGACAAAACGUGGAGGGUUUCUUUAGAAAGCUGAGAAAUGUUUUGAUUAAAAAUAAAUAA